CACAUUUUCCAUGUCUUGGCCAAAAUUGUCGAGUGGCCACUAACAUUCCAUUGGCAUCACAGUGUUUACACUACCGCCCAGCUGUAAUCGGAUUUUAAAAGCACACAGAUUUUCGCGCUCUAUUCCUGGCCCCUAUAUGUAUACAUUUUAGCAUGUUACCGGAAACGCAUAAAUGCACUAGCUGGUGUGCGACAUUGGUGUCAACUUGUGUAUCAAAAGUUGGCAUGACGUCUGGGCAGGCAGGUCAAAAUAAUUCAGCUGUCUAGAGGGGUAAACGCAUCAAGAACGCCGUGUCGACGUCUCGGCAGAAAACUAAAUCAGGGUUCCAUCGCUGUUGUAAAAUUUUACACCAUGAAACGACGAAGUGUUUUAAACACGAUGGCAGAAUUUCUGUUGAUGCUGUUUCUUGUAAAAUGCUUUCAAAUUGACCAAAGUCUAGCGGACAGCAUGAAGGCGAAUGAGAUUGACAAAAACCGUUUAAGAGUGAAGAGGGAGGCGAAGCCGACAGAACGUAUGCGUGGCUCCUGUUGUGUUUGCGGUGUUGCUGUAUACAAAGCGACGUUUACAAGUAAAUGGAACAAAACCACACAUCCCAGUGACUACCCAGAGAAUUUAGCUCAUUUCUCGACUGUAAUUGGUGGAACGCACGCAGACAUGCAUGUUGUGUGGGAACUGGGUUCCAAAGCUUCUGCCGCGGUCAAGAGAUUUACGGAAUGGGGCGACACAAAAACGGUGCUGAAUAAAUUAAGUCGGAAAAACUAUUUGGGGAUAAUCAGGAUCGGUCCGAUCACAAGACCUAAUAAGCCGUACACAGAUAGAUUUCGCGCGGAUAAGUACAAUCACUAUCUGUCCAUGAUAUCAAAGAUUUCGCCAAGUCCAGACUGGUUUGUAGGAAUAGACCGCCUGGAUCUAUGUAACGCCAGCGAUUGCAGCUGGAAGGAUAAUAUCACUGUACAACUACGACCCAUGGAUGCAGGUACAGACAGUGGUCUAAAGUUCAAGGCGACCAAUAUUGAAAGCAACCCUACUCAGGCCAUAUACCAGAUAAAGCCAAAUGUUCCUAAUCAUCCCGCGGCAUCCUUCUAUAACCUUAAACAAAAAAGUGUGCCUCCUAUGGCGGAAUUUAGAAUAAACCUCGUUCAUGCCAAGGGAAGAUGUUCGAGAAACACUGAUCCCAAAGCAGUCACAGACUGUGCUGUUUCACGAUGGUCGCCAUGGUCUUCAUGCUCAGUUCAAUGUGGCCGCGGUCAAAGGAAACGCGAACGUAGUGUUAUCACUCCUGCAAAAAAUGGAGGAAGGAAAUGUCCCAAGAUAUCCCGAACGAGAACUUGCCGCGGCAGGAAUUGCUCAGCUAAAGUGGACUGUGUUGUGGAUUCCUGGUCACCUUGGGGACCCUGCAGCAAAACGUGUGGCCGAGGACGUAGAUCCCGAAACAGGAAAGUAAUUGAAAAUGCACGUAAUGGAGGAAAAAAAUGUCCACAUUUAAAGGGAAGAUCAAAAUGUAGAAUAAAACGUUGUCCAGUUCUCGACUGUAAAGUUUCAGAAUGGUCCGCCUGGAGUCCUUGCAGUAAGAAGUGUGGAAAAGGGAAACGACACAGAACGCGAGAAUUGAUACAAAAAGCUACUAAAGGAGGAAGAAAAUGCCCAUUGCUGAGAGAACGCCAGUUCUGUAAUACAUUUGAGUGUCGAGGGAGGUCAAAAUUAUCAUCUAUAUCUGGAAAGUAGCCAAAGAAGAUCUCUCUCAAAACC